GUUUCUUUUCUAUACUUGUAUUUUUGUUAAUUUUGCAAUAUUUCGAGUGAUUUGUGAAUUUGCUUUAUUUAAUACUUGGCGCAUAAUGGGUUUUGCUGAUCGAGACAAUAUGACGAUAGUAAUGCAGAGCCGACCCAUUACAUCAGGCAGUCAACACUCGCCGGAUCCUAAUGACACAUAUCUGGAAAGCCACGGCAUGUACCGCAAGCACACAGCAAGAGACGCCUCAUGUCUAUUCCGUGUCAUUGCCGAACAAAUGUAUGACACUCAGAUGCUGCACUAUGAGGUGCGCUUGGAGUGCGUCCGCUUUAUGACACGCAAGCGACGCAUCUUUGAAAAGUAUGUGCGUGGUGACUUUGACAACUAUAUGACGGAAAUGUCCAAGCCCAAGACUUAUGGCACUAUGGUGGAGCUGCGCGCUCUCUGCUUCAUGUAUCGACGCAAUGUCGUAUUGUUUGAGCCUUUGAAUCUGGGCACUGUGAUCACCUAUAACGAGCGCUUUUUGGACAACUUUCGCGUUUUUACCAAUGAAUAUCACUUUGACUCGGUUUAUACUUUGCAUUACAUAGAGACGGCCGCUGUGUGUCAGUCCAUUAGCUUUAAUCUGCUUUACAAGAUGUUGUUUAAUCUACCCGACGUCAACUAUGCUGUGGAGAGAAUGCUUCAUCCGCAGACCUUUGACUGGGGCAGCUAUGAGGAAGAAGUGGACGCACGCGGUCACGUUAUACGCAUCAAUUGCAGCGAUGGGCGCAGCUUUCAGCUGGAUUUGCCGGAGCAUACCAAGUGCAUUUUAGAGAGCUAUCAGAUGUGUCACUUUCAUAGCAUAGCCAGGCAGCAACAGAAGAUAAAGCGUGAAGAUAACAGCAACAACAACAGCAGCAGCAACAAUAACAACAAUCUGUUUAUGCCACGUGAGGCUUGCGAACUGCCCUACAUGUGUGCAAAUCCAAUGAUCUCUUGCGUGCGCCAGCUGCUGAAUGAUGCUGUUACGCCUUUUCCCUACAAGGUGGCCAAGUCCUUGGAUCCCUAUAUGUAUCGCAACAUAGAGUUUGAUAGCUGGAACGAUGUGCGCAAGGAGGCAAAACGCUACAAUAGCUAUGCCAAUGAUUAUAACUUCAAAGUCGGCGCCAAGUGUCGCGUCGAGUUGCUUUAUGACAACCAUCGUCAGCUGUACACUUGCCACAUACAAAAAAUUUGUACUGGCAAGUCCUUUUGCCUGGUGUUUGUUGAAGAUUUCGGCAAGAAGUUUCUGGUGCCUUAUGAUACACUGCAUCCAUUGCCGCCGGAUGAGUUCCGUCCCUGGGCUGUGCCCAUUCGCUUCCAGCGUCAGCUGAAUCAGCGUCAAUUCUGUUUGCCCAAAUUGCCGCCCCGUCCCAAGCUGCACAAGUGGAAAAAGAGCAAAAUCUUUGACAUUACCAACUAUUUUGAAAGCAGCAAAACCGAAAUGUUGCAGUAUGUCCAGAUCAACUCAGGCUAUGGCUACAACGAACGCGCACUCGAAUAUCAGCCUCUGGAGGAAGUUAGCGAGACUAUUGCGCCAGCUGCGCGUGAGCAACGCAAGCAGCCCAAGCUGGCUAUACCUGCAGGAACAGGACCAGUUGUGGCGCCUUUCGUUAAUUAUAUGCCAAUGCCUGGACGUCCUGCACCUGCUGGUCAGGCGCUGCCAGCUUGGCCUGAAGACUUUCCAGGUGGCAUGUUCCCAGGGCCGAUGCCGAUGGGAAGCGAUGGCUAUAUGUGCAUGCAUUAUGGCGGCUAUCCGCAACCUCUACCGCCGUCACAGCACUCACCCAUGCCACUACCAGGGCCAACGCCAAACUUUGCUCCACCACCAUUUAUGUUCGGGCCACCAGCAGUGCAGCCGCAACCAGCAGGAUUGUUGCUUCCACCAAUGAGCAUGCGCACUGGCAGCAGCAAGAGCUGCACCAGCAGCUCCAGCAAUCCGAAGACCGGCAGCGAUCAUGAGCAAGCUGAACCGCGUCGCUCGCUGCAUGCCAACGGUGAAGAUUUGCCCGGCGAUCUGGGUACGUUGCGCUAUUUCUACAACAUGGGCGUCGAUAUGCACAUGCGCAUGUCCUACGAUCAGAUGCAACAGUUUAACAAUAACAAUAAUAACAACAAGCAGCAAAAUAUGAACACGGACCAACAAAAGCUGCGCAACGAAGAGGUCGCUGCUUUUAACGGCACGCCGCCGCCCUCGCCAGAUGCUACAGGCGUUGCAUCCACGCCAGCCGCUGUCGCCGCAACUGCUGCUGUUACUCCAGCUGGCGACGCAGCCGUCGAUAAGACGCGUGGACGUGGCAAACGCGCUGGCUACAACAAAACGCGCGGCAAGCGUCCGGAACAGCUAUUAGAUGUAGGAAAGGAUAAUCAGCAGCUGCCCUAUGCCAUGAUAUUGCCCACUCCCACACCCACUCCGUCGCCGAAUACGAAUGGAAAUCAUUUCAACUUUUAUGCGCCUGGAGUAGCUCAGCCGCUGCCACCGGCCGUAUACUAUGCGUCGUCCAAAGGCGCAGCGAACCCAUAUGCUUGGAACUUACCACCGCCAGCAGGCGCCGCCAACAUGCCACAUGGCAUGCCCUAUGAGAUGCCACAUAAUCACAGCUUGGAUGGACUAGGAACUAACCAGCCCCCGCCAGCGCCAGCAACUGCUACAGCUGCAACUCCCGCUUAUGCAGUGCCACGCCAUUAA